CAAAUGGACAAGGAGCGAUUUCUUGUAUAAAAAUAAGUGCAAUAAUAAAUCUUGUUCUUCGAAGUGUGCAAGAACGAUUUUGACAAUUAAAAUUGUCAUUGUUAAUUUAAAUUAGCGCAGAAAGCUGUCGGAAAGAAAUUUGGUGAUUUUCAGUCACCCUGUAUACUAGCAGAAUACGUAUGUAUAUACUGUUUCUUGCAGACGACUCGUUUUUCUGCUGGCUAAAGCAUUUAUUGCGUUUACUACAACAAUCGCGAUUAACGCAUAAAUAUUUAAGAGUGCACGCCGUACGGAAUAUUAUGAAAUCGACUGUCAGUAUGUUAUUGUUGCGUGUAAUUGUCUGGUCGAAUGACCAAAGUCGGUAAAAAGUCCGAAUUUUCCGGCAACCGAUGGUUGAAGAGGCAAACCUAUAAUGGCGAAGUGAUUGGCGCGCACCGAUCCUCCUGAGUCACGCUGCGAAUUUUCCCGAAGAGAUUUUUUUCAAGUUAGGUUACUUUUGUUUACUUCCGGUUACUUUCUGUGUGCUUCCAGUAUAACUGCUGAUCCCCUUUGUGAGCACGUGCUUGCUGAAUUUAUAUUCAAAUUGAAUAAAUCAGAUCCAAGGCAACCGGAUUCAAGAUUUAUUUUUGUGAGCGUUAUGAAUACUAUUUGUAAACCUAUUCAGCCAGCAACAGCAUCUGCAAUUAUGAUGAGCCUAAACGAUUGUUUGGACGACUUUGAUCGGCUGAGUGAAAUUAAUACCAAUUAUGCUUUUGGAAUUGAUAAUUCCCCAAUGAAAGACUUUUGCAGAAAAUGUUGUAAUAAUAAUAAAAGCUUCUUGCUGGAUGGACAAGAUCUCCAUUACAAAGGACUACAGAUCUCUAAUGCCGAGGAGUUUCUAAAAAAAUUGAAUUGCACAGAGAAAGAUAGCAAAGUUAAGGUUGUUUCAAUAUUCGGAAACACAUGCGACGGGAAAAGCCAUACUAUGAAUCAGCUGUUUUUCAAAGGCGAGGAGGUAUUUCAGAUGUCCAAUAACCAAAAUUGCUGCACGUUAGGUGUUUGGGCGGCUUUUGAUCCGACUCUCAAUGUUAUUUGCUUGGAUACAGAAGGUAUUAGUUGCAAAAAGGAGCACAUAAGACUAUUACUGGAAGUUCUCGCGGUAUCUGAUAUUGUGAUUUAUGGUAUUCAUUCGGAAAGACUCAAUAGGGACUUAUUCACAUUUCUGGGUGCUGCUUCGUGUGCCUACACUCGUCAUUUUAAAGCAGCCUUGCAGACGAUAAGACAGCAGGAGGCUGAUUCCAACUCGCUGAGCACGCUUGGGCCAUGUGUUAUAGUGCUGCACGAGACUAAACACAGCAUACCUUUGACCAACAAUGAGUCAGAGAGCGCAGAGGACAUUUUGAGAUCUAAAUUCGCACAAAUGAGCCUUGAGAUCGAUGCUUUCAGCUCUAUCAAAUACGUUGGUCUACAAAAGAUGAACAACGCUACGGAUUACAAGGAAUUGCGUUCCGCAAUUGCGAUGGAAUUGAAAAACACGACGGUCCGUUCAGCCAGAAAGCCAUAUUUAGUGUAUAACAUGCUUAAGAACUUGAACGAUGAAUUCUCUAGUGAAACCGAGAGCUUUUCCAGCACUCUGUUUCCAGAUCAAUAUUUUGUAUGUCCCGUUAAAUGUCUGAGCUGUGAUAACGGAUGCAACAAUGGCAUAGGACACCUUCGUGAAGGAAAACCACACAGCAGUAACACCAGGUGCAAAUUCCAGUGUCAAUAUGAAAAUUCGAUAUACAUAUGCAAAAGAUGUUACAAGAACGGAAAUGAAAUUGAAGUGACCAGACGGUACCAGGAAGAAGAUCAAAAUAGUUGGUACAGUUUCGCGAAAAAUGCCUGGACUGGAUAUGUAAUAGACUGCGCACAUUGUGGAGAAAUAUACAGAAGCAGACAAUAUUGGUAUGGCAAUAAUGCGGAGGAUGUUGCUAUACGCAAGAAGAUUACUCACGUGUGGAGUUUGCCAAAUCAUUCCAUAACGCCUCACAACACAGCCCAACGAGUCAUUGAUAGCGUUUCGUACAUCACUGAAGCCGUCACGAACGCUUCGUUGCAGCCUACGAAAGCGUUGAAAGCUUGGGCUGCGGAUCAAGUGGCGCCUUCUUAUUGGCGACCAAAUAGCGAGAUAAAGUGCUGCUACAAGUGCAAGUCCCUGUUCAGUCCAUCGGACGACAAACACCAUUGUCGCGAUUGCGGAGAGGGUUUCUGCGCGCAGUGUUCGUCGAAAACCAAAUGCGUGCCUAGCAGAAAUUGGUACUCGCCCGUGCGAGUCUGCGACGCAUGCUAUGAGAAGGAAAGCAAUUAUUCCAGCGAUGAUUCUCUCGAACCUCUCGAAGAUGUCAACGUACGAAAGGUGACGGAACACGUAGUGUCCACUUUGACCGCUGUAGGGACCGUUAUAAACUACUCCAAGUCGUUCAUAAAAGAUUCUGUUCGACCAUCCUACUGGACGCCGGAUUCGAAGGUCGUUAACUGUUGCGUCUGCGAGCGCAAGUUUUCCACCGUACUCCCUUUACACCAUUGUAGGGCUUGUGGCCGCGGAGUGUGUCACGAAUGUUCGCAGCAUCGUAAACCAGUGCCACACAGAGGGUGGAAUAACCCUGUUAGGGUAUGCAACGCUUGUGUUUGAAGUCGACUGAAAAUAUACUUUUUGAAGUAUAAGAUUUGAGAAUAUAGAUCUCAUUUGCGAAGAAUGAUUGUUUACUUUAUGUAAUUGCUUUUGUAAGACAUACAAAAGUUGUACUGGUUUUAAUUACGAUCAAUGUUAUAGAAUAUUUAAAACUUUUUUCAGUUUUUUAAAAGAUUUUAAUAAAAUCUUU